AUGGAUCCCUUCAACAACCGCGGCAUGUCGACCUCCUCUGCCAAGGAUGACUCCAUUCGAACUGCUCCUUCCCGCACUUCCUCUCCUGAAAACACCAGGAUGUCGCUGUUUUCCUUACUUCGAAAUGCCUCGCUCCACGAAGAACGCUCCUCCGCUGGCCGCUACACGUUUUCCUCCGAUAUCAGCGGCAGCAAUGGAGGCUCCUUGUCUCGAUGCCAGGAAGAGGUAGCAACUGCUCUUUCCGGCGUCUCGUCUCCGUAUCGAGGAAUGUCAACGGUAGACAUCCUCGACCAAGCCUUGAGCCUUUCUGUUGCGCCGCGACCAGCUGCCGCUCCUGCGAUGCCCAACCGCCAGCGCCAGCGACCGCGACGAGAGAAUUCCAAGGAAGAGGAGAGUGCGCAAUAG